UUUCGUGGACAAAUAAACGUAAUAAUUUAAGUAAUUCAUUUGUGUGGUUUGGUGUGUUAUGAUUUGGGAUCAAUUAAAGUACAAAAAAUGCAUCUGUUCGUUGGAAAUUUUAGGUUCUAUUUUAUCGUGUUGACAGUGAACAUAAUCAGUUUGAUGUCUGGUAUGAUGUUGACAUGGCCUUCACCAAUACUACCAAAACUCAGCUCCAACGAAAGUCUGGAUCAGAACCCCAUUGGCCGAGUUAUAACCUCAUCAGAACUAUCCUGGAUAGCUGCCCUUUCAUCCAUUGGAGGGAUCGUUGGUCCCUUAUUCACCGGCUUGAUAAUGGAAAAGUUCGGGAGAAAACUUGCCAUCGCUUGCACCCACAUACCUAACCUAAUCUCAUGUUUACUAUCAGCAUUUGGCAAUGACGUUUGGUACUUUUACAUUGCCAGAGUCGCUUCAGGGAUGAGUAUCUACGCCGGAGUAUCUCUUGGAGCAAUUUACUUUGGAGAAGUUGGCAGAAGUGAAACCAGAGGCAUCUUAUACUCAACUACCUCGAUUUUUAUAAAUUUAGGAACGCUUUUGUCUUACUGCAUCGGACCAUAUACUUCUAUAAGAGAUUUUAAUUUGAUAUUGUUUGCUAUAGUGUUGACUGGGAUGAUUGGGACUUUGAUUUAUGUCCCAGAAUCCCCAUAUUUUUUGGUGCAAAAAGGAGAAUUUGAAAAGGCACGGCAGUCUUUGGAGGUUCUACGAGGUACCAGCAAUGUCGAAGAUGAAAUUGGCGAACUAAAAAUGGAUAUGAGUAAAAUACCUCUUAAAGAUGGGGUGUUUUUUAUAUUUAAGGCUAAAGCAGCCAGGAAAUCGUUUGUGUUGGCCUUGGUGCUGAUAAUUCUCCAGCAGUUUUCAGGAAUUAAUGUGAUUUAUUCAUAUACUCAAUUGAUUUUUGAACAAUCAGGAAGUAAACUGAGCUCAGAUGUUUCCUCAAUCUUAGUAGGGGUUGCUCAGUUUUGUACAAUAUUCAUUACGACUUUUGGGGUGGACAGAUUUGGUCGCAAAAAAAUGUUGACUUUUGCUUCUGGUGGUUUGGCAUUUACGCUUGGAAUUCUGGCAACGUACUUCCGGUUUCAGGAUCUCGGUAACGAAAACACAUCCAGUAUCAACUGGUUGCCACUGGUUUGCUUGAUACUGUUCUUUGUAUUCUUCAAUUCUGGAAUGGGUGGGUUACCUUUUUUGUAUAUGAGUGAAAUAUUGCCUUCAAAUGUUAAGUCAGCUUCUUCGUCGAUAAUUAUGGCUGUUUACUGUUUGAUGGGAUUUUUGAUCACUUAUUUUUAUAAUGAUAUAAUUAAUAAGAUUCAAGCCAGUGGGGGAUUUUAUGUUUUUGCUGGUUCAAUGGUAAUAUUUGCUGUAUAUGUGAUGAUUGUCUUAUUUGAGACCAAAGGGAAGACUUUACAAGAAAUAAAUGAUCAUUUAAGCAAAUCUAAAAGGAGUAAAGAAGCUUUUCCCAGCGAGGUAAAAGAAACAAUAUCUUAACUUGGUAGGAUUUUUUAUAUAGCUAAGAGAGAGAUGGAGAUAAGACUGAACUGAUGAAAUAUUGUAAAAUAUUUAUGUUUUGUAGGCUUGAAAUAAAACAUGUAUAUUUUA